UCGCCGACAUAACUACGUGUUGCAUCAGCGUAAAUUAAAUUAAUAGUUACAAUAGUGAAGAAAGGUAUUCAUAGAGGAAAUCGAAAUCGAGAAGUCACCGAGUGAACAACUAAUCAUCAGGACACUCCGUUGAGGACCCUUCGAGGACGAAUUUCAACUGUUCUCAGAAAUACAGUGGAUACUGUUUGAGGGAAGUGCGUUGAACUUUUCAAUUUUACCUGACGUGGACGAUGUCGCCAACCCGAUGGCCGCCAUGCUUGAUGACGAAGCACCCUUGAAUAUAAAAGUGACUGCCGCCCCGUUUGGGCCACAGUCUUCCAAAAAGUUAACAGUGAAGAAGUUAACAUUCCAAGAACCAAUAACAUGAACGCCGGAAAGUGCUUUAAGUGCGGUCGAUUUGGACACACUGUCUCCGACUGCUUCCAGCAUCUCUCCAUCCAUGUGGACCGGAUAAGAUCUUCACCAUCCUGUACUCGAGGUCGGCUGUGCUCGAAUCGCUCCUCGAGGAACCAUCCAUACCUGCGGCACUCCAUGGACGACUUCGUAUUCGAAUAUCUGCGCCAUCGAUACCCCUACCAUCCCGGGUACUUGAAUUUGGAAUUCAAGGCGAAGAUGAGGGACUGGAGGGUUCGUAGUAAGAAAGAUCUCAAUGCCCUUUGGGAUCUCCCCGUACGCUCCGACAUCGAGGCUGGCGUAGAGGACGUUUUCAACCUCCGAAGACUCUUCGGCGAAACUCCAGCUCCACAACCAUGCCACGUGCCCCAGUUCCUGGACGAUAGCGAAAGGACGUGCGACAUCUGUGCCUCCUAUCUGUGGGAUUAUCCAGGCUACUAUUAUAUUGAUGAUACUGUGAUAGAGCGUCCCUCCAACGUAUCUGUAACCGCUUUUAACAAUAAAUGGUUUAAUUAA